AUGGCAUCGCAAAGACUUUUUGCUGCGUUCGCGGCCUUCUCCAUCAUCAUUGGGUCUGAGGCUAGCCCCUGCAAGCCGAUUUCUUCCACCACUGAAAUCCAGGCUACAUCAACCUUCUCUUCUGAGACUGAGACUGCCACUGCUAGCGACGCCACUCUAACCACUGGGCUGACAUCAACUGAGUCGAGCUACGUCACGGAUAUCACCAUCACCGAGAGUGAGACCGCGACAUCCAGUGCAGCUGAGUCAACUUCAACCGUGGUUGUUUCUACGACUGAGACUUCUGCCUUUGCUUCUACCACGGAAGCUGCCUCUACUACCUCGGCUGCACCUGUUGAGACACCUACUAUCCUCAUCAACGGUGACUUUGAAAGCGGCAGCGUUGCUCCAUGGUCCAACUUUGGUAUCGGCGCCUACGCCAACAUCGACACCUCAACAGUCCAUGCAGGCUCUUACUCUCUCAAGAUGGGCUCUCAGGCUAGCGACUGGUCAAACACCUUCCAAGUUCUCAGCAAGUCAUCCCUCGUCGCAAAUCAGCCUUACAGUCUUUCUCUCUACGCCAAGGUCAGCUCUGGAUCUUCUUGCACUGCUUUCGAGGCAUUCAUUGACAACAACGACCUCAAUGAUUCGUUUGGACUGAGGAUUAGUGUUUCUGGUGCCCAGAUCGCUAGUGGCUUUACUGCUCUUUCGGGCGAGUUUUCCUUGACACAGACUGCUUUGGACGGUAGCAAUCCUAUUCGGGUUGUCAUCAGGGCGAAGUGCAGUAACGGUUACGUGGCCUGGGUGGAUGACGUUCAGCUGAGUAUUUCAGACUCAGACUAA